AUGAGUGCUCCCGCUUACUACGAGCUGUACCGGGGCAGCAGCAUCGGCCUGUCUCUGACAGAUACCCUCGAUGAUUUGAUUAACGAAGGCCGAAUCGAACCCCAGCUUGCCAUGAAAAUAUUGUCCAACUUUGACCGCGUCAUUACAGAAGUCCUUGCGGACAAAGUGAAGUGCAAGCUCUCCUUCAAGGUAUGCAUACUGGCAGGCCAGGAAAAUGGUCUAAACGAGUGCGAGCCGCCCCAUGCUACAGUGGGAUAA